AAGAGUUCCUAUUGUGUCAGUGUGUAUUGAAGUAAUUUAUACCUAAAUUAUGUCUGAACGAGUGUGGUCUACAUUCCAAGCAAUGAGAAGUGAUGGCUUACUGGUGAGACUAAGCAUCCAAGAUUUACCAAAAACCCGGAUAGAUGAUGGUGUGCAGCUGUUUGUUGAUAACUUCUUUUCAGAAGAAACAUUUCUCGUGGCUGCAGGAAUUUCACGAAAUCCAGAAGCAAUAGCAGAGUUAAAAACACUGGUAACGGAAUCAUUAAAAGAUCCUGCUUGUCACAGUGUAAUAUGUUGUGAAAAAAGAGUUGAUGGUAAAGUUGGACGGAUCAUCGGUGUCUCGUCUAUGAUAUUAGUUACUGAAGUGAGACCUGACAAUAUGCAGGACAUGAAGCGCAAAACGAAGGAGCUCCAAACAUUGUCUCAAUUGAUGGAGGAUGCGUCUUUGUUAAAUAUAAUGAAGAAGCUAAACAUUUCCCACUUUUAUGAGGGUUUUGGUGCGGUUGUCCACCCUGAAUUCAGAAGAUUAGGGAUCAUGACGGAAUUUUUGAAGGCCAGAUGCUUGGCAUGUGUGGCCCACAAUGUUCCGGCCACCGGAGCUCUCAUGACUUGCAUCGCCUCUCAGAAGGCUGCUGAGAAAGAAAACUGGGAGACUGUACUGAACGUGGACCUUCAGGAACUCGGCCGUAAGUACGGCGUGAUCUUCGACAAUAAAAUUUAUUUAAAACCAAUAAGAGAUCUUUUUUCAUAUGUUUGUGUCGACCGUUUUUUGGAUUUAUAG